AUGACCGAAUACCGUCAUUUAACUACUCCACAGCCCGAGUGGGAGAAUUUCCCCCACAAUCUGCCACCCGGUACCCGCACCUUCUGGCUAAACAGAGAUCACCUCCCAAUCACCCCUCAGCCUGGUCUCGAGAUCAAGGAAUUCGACGUCCCAGUUCGUGACGGACAUCCAAUCAGCAUUCGUUCAUACAGGCAGUCCUCUGCCGAUGGCGAUGCUGGCGAGAAACCCCUGCCGUUGCUCAUCUAUUUCCACGGAGGGGGGUUCGUCUCCGGUGGCUUAGAGUCCGACGAUGCCUCGUGUAGGCGCAUAGCCUCAGAAAUCCCCAUCCUCGUGCUGAAUGUUGAGUAUCGGCUUGCACCAGAGCACCGAUUUCCCGUUGGAUUUGAGGAUUGCUUGGAUAUUGUUCGCUGGGCCGCAUCCCCACAAGCCAAAGACAAGCUCCCUUCGGCCAUCGACUUGAAAUCCGGCUUCAUCAUAGGCGGGACCUCCGCCGGCGCAAACUUCGUUGCCGGAAUCGCGCACAUAAUCGCGCAAGAGACAGACCCUCGCCGAAAACUCUCUCACCGACUAACCGGAAUCCUUUUCCUAGCUGGUACAAUCUGCCAUGAGGAUGCUCGGCCUGAGAAAUACCACGAUAGGAUACUGAGCAUAGAUGAGAUCACCGAGUCUGCGGGGCUAACUAAGGAGGGGAUUAUAUAUUUUGCCAAAAAAUACGGCGCUCCACCUGCUGACGUUCGUCGCUCGCCGCUUCUAUUUGAAUCUCAUAGCGAUUUGGCUCUCCGGGCUGCGGUUUAUGUCUGCGGUUGGGACCCGCGUCGUGAUGAGACAUUGUUGUUUGAGCAGCUGUUGCGGGAGGAAGGUGUGAAAACCAAGAAUUAUAUAUACCCCGGCCUUCCACAUGGAUUCUGGACCAUGUGUCCUGAUUUGCCCGUUUCGAAAGAAUGGGAGAAGGAUCUCCUUGAGGGUGUGAAGUUUCUUUUAGAAGAUUCGACUUAG